AGUCUCCCUUGGUCAUACCCCUCUAAAACCCAAUGAUCUCUACAUUCCUCCACCACCAACCUCCCAUCACCUUUAUCUUCGCAAUUGCUAAUGCAUAGGGUAGCAAUGGCACCACAAGGUCUCUUCGGUGGGCCCCCCUCUCCCGCUAUCCCUCCAACCAUUUAAUAUCAAAAUGCUAAACCGUCCCAGCGGUCCAAAAACCCCAGGGCCUGACCUCCGCAGACGUAGUCCGGCAUUUACAAGCCAUCUUCCGCAAUCACGCCUGGUUCAAGCCAGACCUCGCGGUACAGCAAAAAGUUCUAGACUCUCAAUCUCGUAGCCAGCGCCAGCGACGUCGUAGGUCCCGCCAGGCCGAAGUCAAGUUGGGUCACGGGGGGACACUUGAUCCUCUCGCUAGUAUAACCUCCACCCAACGGUUCCCCUCAGGGGAAGAGAAAAAACUGGCUAUACUAAUAGUUGAUGUGAAGCCGGAGUUCUAGUGAUAGGCCUGGGCGCCGGUACAAAAUCUUUGUCAACCUUCAUCUCCUGCACAAAAACGUAUGAAACAACAGCACUCUUUGGUGUUAGUACUGAUACAUACGAUUGUACUGGCCGGAUCCUCAAACAUGCCCCCCAUUCCCACAUAACCCCUGAGCUUAUCGACUCUGCGCUGGACGCCUUUCGCGGCGAUAUACUCCAGAAGCCGCCGAUAUACAGUGCGCUGCAUCACGAGGGGAAACGGUACUACCAGUAUGCGCGCGAGGGGAAGCCUCUGCCUAUCGAGAUCAAGGCAAGACCCGUGACGGUGCUUAGAAUGGAAUUGGCGGGUUUUGAGAAGGGAGGGCAGCAUAAGUUCGGCUUUCCCGAGAAGGAAGGGAGUGUAGAGGAAAAGGUUGUUGGCGAGGUUAUGCGUAAGAUUGGGAUGGAGGAAUCUAAGAAGCGGAGACUAAAAGCGGAGGGGGAAGUACAGGAUGAAGCCGGUGGGAGUAAGAAGGUUAAAGUGGACGGUACGCUCUUCAAACAGGCGGAAAAAACCAUUCAAGAAUCCAUCACCACAGAAUCCCGCCCCGACUCCCCCCCAAUAGCAUCCCUCCGCAUGUCCGUCUCCUCCGGUUUCUACGUCCGCAGCCUAAUCCACGAGUAACCCACCCACCCCCACCUGCUCCCUACACUACUAACUUUUUUGUUUUUCACAACAGUCUCGGAGAAGCCCUGGGCUCAGCAGCACACAUGGUCCAACUUACCCGUAUCCAACAAGGCGAAUUCGAGCUAGGCAAAAAUGUGAUACCAUGGGAAGACAUGGCGAGCGAGGAGACGGCAAGGUGGGAGUCGCAACUGGAGGCGGCGCUGAAGGAGACGAGCGAGGAGGGGGCGUUUAUUACCAGAGAUGAUGUAGAGCAAGAUGGGGGAGAGGGGGAUGGGGAUGGGGAAGCGGAGAAGUCCAGUUAGUUGUAUGAAAAAUUUUCCGAAUUUGAUAUAGGGUUC